GUGUUUCCUAAAUUUGGGGAAAUAAGUACUGUCAUGUGCUGCCAUGCCGAUCAUGGUGGCUGGAGGUAUUUGUGAAAUAGUUACGUGACAGGUACACAGUUGAAACGUACCGAUUUGAAUUGUGAUUGUGUUAUAGUAAUAAUUAAAUCACUAUAAUAUGUUGUUAUUGAUCACUGACAUUAAUUAUUUACUGCUUUAUAGUGAAAUACGGAAAGUGUUUUGCCCAGAUAUAAAAAACUGUCAAGUACUAGAUUUGAUCUCAAGUUACAAGUGUUCUUCAGCGUAAAAGUUCUGUGCCAAGUAUUGUCAAUUGCCAAAGAUGAGUGUGAAUGAUUCUUCACCUUCAAAAAUGAAACCGGAAUGGAAAGAAAAUAUUCAAGAUACUUUGGGUUGGGAUUGGGAAGUAAUGUGUGGACCAAAUGGUUUUGUUGUGUGGUCACCAGAAAUUCACAAUUUUGGAUUGUGUUUUCAAGAAAUUUGCCUGCAUCUUCCAGUGUUAAUUUUUUUAGCAAUAUUAUCAUCUUAUCAUUUUGGUUUUCGUAGCAGAUACCCUGCCCUGAGAAAUUCAAGUUAUGCUUUCCAAACCCGUAAAAUUGCAACAAUUAUAUUAGCUAUGCUGCCAUUAAUAAAAUUAUUUAUUGGAGUUACUAAAACUCCUCAUGCCUUAAAUGUAGUGGAUUAUUUCAUGCCAUUAGUUGUAUCUGUUACUUGGUUAUCACACUUUUGUUAUGUUUGUACUGUGAAGAGGGGUGGAAACUCUGCACAAGGAGGGCAAAUUGUCAUAUAUAUUUUGUGGACAACACUUGUGGUGGUUGAUAUAAUGUCUGUUCAAUUGUACUACUGUUGGCAAAAUAUUGCUGUUCCUGCCAUGUCAGAAUAUAUGAAAUUGUCUUAUGGGAUCAGUAUUACAGUACUAGUAUUUCAGUGUAUUUAUGGUGUUUGUUUACUAUGUGAUGGCAGAACACAACAGCAAGACUUCAGUCCUGAACAACAAGCCUUGUUGGGGUCUCCAAGAGUUCAUUCAUACAGUCGUUUUAGAGAAGAAGAUGAUCCUUUAUAUUUGGGGGUGGCAUUGGAAGGAUGGUCGUUUCUGUCUAGAAUGUUUUUUAUAUGGGUGAAUCCUUUAAUGGACAAAGGUGUGAAAGGCAAACUAAAUCAACCUGAUGAUUUACAUGACCUUCCUUUGAAUUUAACUCCUGCAUAUUUAAGUAAUCAGCUUGAGUACUCUUUGAAUUGUGAUGAAAAUUCAGAACACCAGGAACAAAAUAAUACAGCUGGUUGGUAUGGAAGCAUUAAUAGUGGCCCUGCCAGUCAUCCUGAUACUCAUACCACAAUGUAUUCCAGAAAAAUACCAAGGAGAAAAGUAACUUUGUUGCGAGCUCUUCAUUCAUGCUUUGGUCUUCAGUUUUAUGGAAUUGGAAUACUAAAAUUUAUUGCUGACUGUUCAGGAUUUGUCGGACCAUUGCUUCUAAAUGCUCUUAUCACUUUCAUUGAAACAAAAUCUGAAAACAUAGAAGAUGGUUAUGCAUAUGCCGCUGGAUUAUUUGGAGCUACAUUUGUGGGUGCAUUAUGCAAUGCUCACUUUAACUUUUUAAUGGCAACUGUGGGUCUGAAAAUUCGUGGAGCUAUAGUGAGUAUUGUAUAUCGAAAGACGUUAAUGGUUAGCACUACAUCUCUAAACAAGUUUGGCAUUGGAGAAAUUGUGAACUUCAUGAGUACUGAUACUGACAGAAUUGUUAAUGCCUGUCCUAGUUUUCAUGCAUUCUGGAGUAUACCUUUUCAGAUUGCUGUGACACUGUAUUUACUUUAUCUUCAAGUGGGCUAUGCUUUUCUGGCUGGUGUUCUUUUUACUGUUGUUUUGAUUCCAAUCAACAAAUUUUUAGCAUCUAAAAUUGGAGAACUCAGUACAAAAAUGAUGGCUAGUAAAGAUAAAAGAGUGCAAAUGAUGGCUGAGGUUUUGAAAGGAAUUACUGUCCUGAAAUUUCAUGUUUGGGAGAAUAAUUUCAUAAAUAAGAUAAAUGUGUGCCGUGAUGAAGAAUUAAAAUACCUGAAAUACCGAAAGUAUCUGGAUGCUUUGUGUGUGUAUUUUUGGGCUACCACCCCUGUGUUGAUGUCAAUACUUACCUUUUCAACGUACGCUCUUCUUGGAAACAAACUUACCGCUGCUACCGUUUUUACCAGUAUUGCAUUAUUGAAUAUGUUGAUAGCCCCAUUAAAUGCAUUUCCAUGGGUUCUCAAUGGCCUUACCGAAGCAUGGGUAUCUUUAAAUAGGAUACAGAAACUCCUGGAGUUGUCCGAUUUGGAUUUUUCUGAAUAUUAUACGUCUCUUCCAUCUGGAGACACUAAUGUUGCAGUUUACGUGAAGGAAGGUACAUUUGCAUGGUCAGUUUAUAAUAAUGAAGAGAAUUCUGUUAAUGCUGAUGAGCCAUCUCAAAGCACUGUUCUUAGUAAUAUAGACCUCAUUGUAGCCAAGGGUGAAUUUGUAGGUGUAACUGGACGAGUUGGCAGUGGAAAGAGUACAGUUUUGUCAGCAUUGCUUGCUGAAUUGAACAAAGUUGCUGGUGUGGUGUGCCUUGACAAUGUUGAUUCUGGUUUUGGGUUUGUAUCACAGUUGCACUGGCUUCAGCAUGGAACUUUAAGAGAUAAUAUAUUGUUUGGAAAGGCGUAUGAUGAUAGUAAAUAUAAGGCUGUUUUGGAAGCUUGCUGCCUUGAAGAAGACAUUAAAUCUUUUCCUGGUGGAGAUUUGAUUGGUGUGGGGGAAGGUGGUGUAACUCUAAGUGGAGGACAGAAAGCUCGUGUUGCACUUGCCCGUGCAGUUUAUCAGAAUAAGGAUGUAUAUUUCUUGGAUGAUAUUUUUUCUGCUGUUGAUAAUCAUGUGGCUCAGCAUUUGUUCCGUAAAUGCAUUACUGGUUUAUUGAGGAAUAAGACACGAAUACUCUGUACUCAUCAUGUUAAGUACCUAAUGUUUGCUGAUAAAGUUGUGAUAAUGGAUAAUGGUGCCAUCAAAGAUCAAGGAAAACCACAAGAUGUUUUGCCAGAUUAUGAUGAAUUUCUGUCAUCAUCAGACUAUGAAACUUUCGAUAGCAGUCCUUUGAAAACUCUUGUUGAAUCAAAAUCUAAUCAGAUGCAGGAGGUAAAUGAGAGCGAUUUUCAAGAAGAGGAGCGAGAAGUGGGCACUAUUGAUUGGAGUGUUUAUGGUGCCUACUGGAAAGCCAUUGGGCAUUUUCUUGCUGCUUUCAUACUUUUAUCAAUUAUCUUCAUGCAAAGCUCAAGAAAUCUGACAGAUCUUUGGUUAAGUUACUGGGUGUCACAUUCAGGAGAUAAUCAACCACAUUCAAAUGAUGACUCUGUUGCACCUAGGCUUUAUCAUUCACUUGACAAGUCAAACGUAAAAUAUUAUUUGACAGUUUAUGGAAUUUUGGCCUGUUGUAAUUCUGUCUUUACAUUAUUUCGAGCCUUCUUAUUUGCUUUUGGUGGAGUCCAUGCAGCUACUAAAAUUCAUAAGUCUCUUCUAUCAGUAAUAAUAAAGAUGACAGCUUACCGUACUCUUGCUGUAACUGUAUAUGCCUUACCAUGGUUAAUCUUACUGCUGGCUCCCUUGGUUCCUGUGUAUCAUUGGCUUCAAAACCAUUACCGUUUGACUUCACGUGAACUGAAACGUCUUUCCAGUCUGAGUCUGUCUCCUGUCUACAGUCAUUUCAAUGAGACAGUAAUGGGCCUUGCUACUAUUCGAGCCUUUAGAGCUAUUCCCAGAUUCAAAAGAGAAAAUGAAGAACAUUUAGAAGCUAAUCAGAAGUGUCAAUUAGCUUCUCAGGCGGCUAGUCAAUGGUUGGGGCUUCGGCUUCAGUUAAUCGGUGUUGCUAUGGUUACUGGCAUUGGGAUUAUUGCUGUUGUUCAGCAUCAGUUUGAUGCUGCUGAUGCAGGUUUAAUUGGCUUGGCUUUAUCGUAUGCUCUGUCAGUAACAGGAAUUCUCAGUGGUGUUGUGAAUGCAUUUACAGAAACUGAAAGAGAAAUGAUAGCUGUUGAAAGAAUUCAACAAUACAUUAAUCAUGUGGAACCUGAGAACGUGCAAGAAAUUCUUCCCCCACCAUAUGCCUGGCCAAGUCAAGGUGUUAUUACGUUUUCAAAUGUUGUUCUGAAGUACAGGGACCAUUUAGCACCUGCUUUGAAUGGAGUGUCAUUUGAAACACGACCUGCAGAAAAAAUUGGUGUGAUGGGCCGAACUGGUGCUGGAAAAAGUUCAUUGUUGGUUGCAUUGUUUCGAUUGUGUGAAUUGUUUAGUGGGAAAAUAUUAAUUGAUACAGUGGAUAUUUCGCACAUAGGAUUACAUGGCUUGAGGGUUAGGCUGGCUGUUAUACCACAAGAUCCAUUUCUUUUCUCUGGCUCUAUAAGAGAAAAUUUAGAUCCUGCCUCUGAGUACAGAGAUGAUGAAUUGAUGAAUGUGAUUCAAAGGUGUCAUAUGGCAGCUGCUGUUAGAAAACUUGGAGGUUUGGAAGCAAAGUUGUCACCAGGAGGUUCUAAUCUCUCUGUUGGUCAGCGACAGUUAUUGUGUCUGAUUCGUGCUGUACUACAUAAUGCUAAGAUUGUUUGCAUUGAUGAAGCAACAGCAAGUGUUGAUUUGGAAACUGAUCGUAAUAUUCAACAUACACUUCGCACGUCAUUUCGACAAAGUACUGUGAUAUCUAUUGCUCACAGAGCAUCUACAAUAAUGGACCUUGAUAGAGUGCUAGUGCUGGGAAAUGGUGAAGUUUUGGAAUUUGAUAGUCCUGAUGUGUUGAUGAGAAAUAAAGAGUCACACUUUUACAAAUUAGCUAGUCCUGAAUAUGAACUUUCUUGAAGUAUUGAUUUCAACCAUUAAAAAUAUUAGAUAUGAAACUUGUGUUGUGUCAAGAAACGAAUUAAUAUUUUUAAUAUUGAGCUAUGAUUAUUAAAAUUUUAUUUGCCUUAUGAAGGUUUAAUAGUAUAUGCUUGCGUUUACCUGUCUGUAGUUUAGAAUGUUCAUGAGAGGAAGACUGUUGCCAUUUUCAGGUUGUAAACUUUUUCAAUGACUUGUAGGCUUCAAAUGUAUUGUUCAGUAGAAUUGUAUGAUUGCAGUGAAUACUUCAGUUAAGUGUGUAAUUUUAAAUUUUACUGUAUUGUGUGAACAGUCAUCAUUCAUUAAUGGUGCUCUAAGGUGCUCUCUGAAUCAUUAUUAAUGACAUUUUUUUUUACAUUCCUUGUCAUCUUAAAAAGUGUUGUAUGAAAGAGAAAAUACAAGAAAUAAAAAUGGUUUAGUUCAUUAAUUUAUGGGAACACUCUGAGAGUUCCUUACUAGCCUUUAUCUGCAAUAAAAAUAUUAUUUUAUGAAUGUAUUCAGUCUGAAACAGAUUAAUUGUUUUAUAUUGUCCAAGGACUUGUAAUUGUGAUAAAAAAUUGUGGACUGCAUUUUACAUGGUACAAAAUGGUAAACAUUAAUGAAAAGUAUUAAGGCAUCCAAAACUAGCAUAACUUAAAAAUGCAAAAUUGCGUUCAUGAAAUAUAUACAAAGAAAUAGAAAGUCCAUUUUUAUUUCUUAUACUCUACUAUCAACUUACUCAGAAGAAGUUGCUUGGAUAUUCCUUAAACUUUAAUUUAUUUUAUUAGUUGGUAAGACAAAAUGCAUUGUGUAGAUAACAAAUUUUUAGUUACAUUUAGGACCAAGAUUGUUUACUUUAUGUAAUUGUGUUAGAUUUUAUGCAUUUACAAAAUGAAAAAACAACCAAAACCAUGUUUAAUUUCUAUAAAUAACAAAUAAAUUGCUAAGAAAUUACAAGCAACUUUCUUUAAUUUUGCCGGUAUUGAUAUGGAUUAAGUAAAUUCCCACAUAUAGUUAUUUAAAAAAACGUUUGAUAUGAACAUCAUAAUUUAACAAGUAUUGAUUUUGUAGGCUUUAGCAAAGUUGUUCAAAACAACACUUGUUUCAUUAUGAUUUUACAAAAAAAUGUAUGUCAUUCGAACAUUUUGCUUUAUUGAUUAUGGAGCAUGUUUUAAAAUUUUAUUUGAUAUUCAUUGCUAUGAUUACUAAUUUUGUGUAUCAUCGUUAUUGGUUAAUGUAUUAUUACAUUAUUGUAUUAUAAAUUUGAUCAGAAAUGUAUCUUAAUUUCUUGGAGAGCCCGUGCAGAGGUCAGAAUGGGACUUCCAACUGUGGUUUACAAAUGUGAAAUGAACAUUUUUUUAAUCUUAUUUUUUUUAUUAUAAAUUUAUAUUACAUAUAAGAUUUCACAUGCCAAAGAAUUUGUACACAUACAUAAUACUUGAUUUUACAAUUUUGAAGAACUGAGGCAUCAGAUAAAGGAUGGGGCGGUUGUUGUUUGUCUGAAGUGUUACACAUUCAUAUAUUGUUACAAUAAGAUAAAAAUUGUCAGAACAUUUGUUAUUUGUGGCCCUACCAAACUAAAAUAAUAGUCUUUUUCAAAAAAUAAAAAUUAAUCUCUCAUAAAUAAAUUGAAUU